AUGCACAAAGCAAAUAAAUCAUAUCCGGAUGAUAUAAAAGAUAUUUUGGAUGGUUUACAAAUAGAAGAGGAAGUAACGAGAGCGGCAACUGCAAGAAAGGAAAGAGUUUGGGAUCAUGGCGUCAUACCAUAUGAAAUCGAUGGUAAUUUUAGUGGUGAACACAAAGCUUUGUUCAAACAAGCUCUUAGACAUUGGGAAAAUUUCACGUGUGUCAGAUUUGUCGAAAGAUCAGUUCAAGAUCAUCCAAAUUAUAUAAUAUUCACGGAAAGACCAUGCGGGUGUUGUUCGUUUGUUGGAAAAAGAGGAAAUGGUGCACAAGCUAUAUCAAUAGGUAAAAAUUGCGAUAAAUUUGGUAUCGUGGUACACGAAUUAGGACACGUUGUAGGUUUUUGGCACGAACAUACAAGACCGGAUAGAGAUAAUCACGUACAAAUAAUGAGAGAAAACAUUAUGGGAGGACAAGAAUAUAAUUUUAAUAAAUUAAGCGAAGAUGAAGUCAAUUCACUCGGUCUUCCAUACGAUUACGAUUCCAUAAUGCAUUAUGCUAGAAACACAUUUUCAAAGGGUACUUAUUUGGACACGAUAUUACCAUUGGAUAAAGCAGGAAUGAAAAAAAGACCGGAAAUUGGACAGAGAAUACGUUUAAGCGAAGGAGAUAUUGCUCAAACAAAUUUAGUUUAUAAAUGUUAUAAAUGCGGAAGAACUUUUCAAGAAAACAGCGCAACAUUUACAUCACCGACUUAUGGAAAUUCGACGUUGAAUUCUCCAAACGGUGAUAAAUGCGAAUGGAGGAUAACGGCAACACACGGUGAAAAAAUAAUACUUAACGUAACGGAUCUCGAUAUUCACGAAUCGGAAGGAUGUAGGAACGAUUAUCUCGAAAUAAGAGAUGGUUACUGGCACAAAUCACCGAUAAUAGCAAAAUUAUGCGGUGCGCCAAGAACUCCACUCAUUGUCAAAUCCGUAGGUUCGAGAAUGUUGGUAACGUAUAUAACAACCGGAAAAUCGAUUAAUCGAAGAGGUUUACAAGCAUCUUACGAAGCAAUUUGCGGUGGUGAAAUUUAUUUAGAAGAUGAUGUCGGACAUUUAGAAUCACCGAAUUUUCCAGAAGAUUAUCAACCUAGUAAAGAAUGUAUAUGGAAAUUAACAGUACCGGAAAGAUAUCAAGUCGCAUUAAAAUUUCAAUCGUUCGAAGUUGAAAAUCACGACAAUUGCGUUUACGAUUACGUCGAAGUUAGAGACGGUCAUUUACCGGAUUCACCACUUUUGGGUACUUAUUGCGGUUAUAAACUUCCACCGGAUGUGAGAUCCUCAUCGAACAAAUUACAAAUUAAAUUCGUUUCGGAUUCAACCGUGCAAAAAGCGGGUUUUUCGGCAAGUUUCAUGGUGGAAUUCGACGAAUGUAAAACAACCGACCACGGUUGCGAACACGAAUGCGUCAACACAUUGGGAACAUACGAAUGCGCUUGUAAAAUCGGUUACGAAUUACAUUCCGAUGGAAAACAUUGCGAAGAUGCUUGCGGUGGUAUUUUCGAAACGUCAAACGGUACCAUAACGAGUCCAUCAUUUCCGGAAAUAUAUCCGAGUGAUAAGAAAUGCAUUUGGGAAAUCAUAGCACCUCCCCAAUAUAAGAUAACGUUAAAUUUUACACAUUUCGAUUUAGAGGGUAAUAACAUUUAUCAGCAAGAAUGCGAAUACGAUAAAGUCGAAGUUCAUAGUAAAUUACCGGAAAAUAUAUUAAAACGUCACGGAGUGUAUUGCGGAAUACGAAUCCCUCGUCUUAUCACGUCAGAAAGCAACAGCAUGAGAGUCGAAUUCACAUCUGAUAACAGCAUACAAAAAUCUGGAUUCGCCGCUGUUUUUUUCACAGAUAUGGACGAAUGUGCCAUUGAUAAUGGGGGUUGUCAACACGAAUGUCAAAACACGAUCGGAUCCUAUGUUUGUUCUUGUCGUAACGGAUUCAUGCUACACGAAAACGGUCACGAUUGCAAAGAGGGUGAAUGUAAAUAUCACAUAAAAACACCCACGGGUCAAUUGCAGUCCCCCAAUUUUCCAGAUUAUUAUCCGCCGAAAAAAGAUUGCGUUUGGCAGCUCAUAACGACUCCGGGACAUCGUAUAAAAUUGAUAUUUAACGAAUUCGAAAUAGAACCACAUCAGGAAUGUGCAUACGAUCACGUGGUUUUAUACGAUGGCGAUUCGCCGGAAGAUAGAACGCUCGGUAGAUUUUGCGGGUCUAAAAUUCCACAUAAUAUAAUCGCGACCGGAAAUCAAAUUUACAUGGUUUUCAAAAGCGACACUUCCGUUCAGAGAAAAGGUUUUAGAGCGACGCACACGACUGUUUGCGGCGGUCAUUUGCAAGCCACCAACAGAGUCAAACAUUUUUAUUCGCAUUCGAAAUAUGGCGACCAUAAUUACGACGACAGAGCCGAUUGUGAUUGGUCGAUUGAAGCCGAACCUGGUAAAAAUGUACAUUUGACGUUUCUGACGUUUGAAAUUGAAGAUGAAGCCGAAUGCGGAUACGAUUACGUCGAAGUUUAUAACGGUUUAGACGACAGCGGACAAAUGUAUGGGAAAUUUUGCGGUAAUUCGAAUCCGACCGAUAUGUAUUCCGUUGCCGAAUCGCUUUUGAUACGUUUCCGGUCUGACGAUUCGAUUAAUUACAAAGGAUUUUCCGUUGCUUAUGUUGCCACCGAACCCGUCGACAGCGAUGAAAAAUAUUCUGAACAGGAUAGCGACGAAUACUGA